CGGCCAGGCAGCCCAGCUUCGUGAAGGCUUUCGGUGCGCGGCGGCCUCCAGGCAGCCGGCACGUGCCCGCCCCGCCGCCACGAUGCCCAAGAGGAAGGUCAGCUCCGCCGAGGGGGCGGCGAAGAAGGAGCCCAAGAGGAGGUCAGCUAAACCUGCUUUUGCAAAAAUGGAAGCGAAGCCAAAAAAGGCGGCGGGAAAGGAGAAAUCUUCAGACAAAAGAGUGCAAACAAAGGGGAAAAGGGGAGCAAAGGGAAAACAGGCUGAAGUGGCUAACCAAGAAACAAAAGAAGACUUCUUACCUGCAGAAAACGGAGAAACUAAAAACGAGGAGAGUCCAGCCUCUGAUGAAGUAGGAGAGAAAGAAGCCAAGUCUGAUUAGUAUCAUAUCCCAUGUCUUACCAGUGGUCCCUGUCUCCCUUCUUGUACAAUCCAGAGGAAUAUUUUUAUCAACUAUUUUGUAAAUGCAAGUUUUUUAG